CAUUAUCGCUAUGUUGACCGAACAAAUCAGAAAGCACUUGAUCCGAUUUUCACUUGACAGCGAUUUUCUGUUUGCAGAGUUCGGGAACCUGACUGGGCCGUCUUCACUAAAGGAAACCGGGACUCAAGUCAUCCAUUCGAGAGCGAUGGCGAUCAAGCAGCAGCAACAACAACAGCAACAGCUAGAUCAGAAUGCGGUAUCUCGCGUCGUUGCCAUCGACGAAGAAGAUUCGUGACGAAUCGAUGAUAUCGAACCGGUGAUAACAUCGUCCUCGAGAACUCGUUACCGUCAUCGAUACGGUCGUCGUCGGCUCGUAAGGAACCGUAAAAGGGAGACACACGCGCGCACCGGAGACUUAGUACGCUUGUGACGAGCAAGCCAAGUGCAAGCCUGGCCGGCUUGGUUUCAUUAGCACGAAGGUGAGACAGCGACAAUGUCAAAGACUACCACGUGUUUCUAACGAAGGGAUUAUGAUCACUUGACGUGCUCGAUCGUCCCCGCGGGAUCGCUCGCACAAUCAGGAUCGCUCAUCGCCACCAGACUCAACUAUAAUUAUUCGACUCCACUGUCGCAUCGCAGUCUUCUGACGGCCGAGAAUGUCCAAGAAGCAAUGGCUAGUCCUGCUGAUGCUGUUCCUCACUUACCUGCUGCUGGGCGCGUUCAUCUUCUACCAUAUCGAGGGUCACCACGAGAUCGAACAGAAUGCCCAGGCCAAGCUGGAACGUAUUGAGAUCAAUGCACUGCUGCACCAACACUAUAUGCCCGGUUAUAUUCACGAUCAACAUGAGAUCUUGCAGAAGCUCACCGUGUACUGCGGCAAGUCAGUGUACAAUUACACCGAAGGCGAAGUAGACCGUCAGCGAUGGGACUUUUACAACAGCUUCUACUUCGCUUACACGGUCGUCAGUACUAUCGGGUACGGCAAUCUGGCGCCCACGAACACGCUCAGUCGUAUUCUGAUGAUCUUCUACGGCCUGGUGGGCAUCCCCAUGAACGGAAUCCUGCUGACGCAGCUGGGCCAGGACAACACGAAAGGCAGCGGUCCAUUAUUCAUCAUGUACAAAACAUUUCUAAUCUGCUGGAUCUCCUUUGGACUGGGUUACAUCGUUAUGAUAAUGACGUUCAUCGCUCGUGGAAUGCGCAGCAAAAAGAUUACGAGGCUCGAACACAAACUGGCGAUGAAUCUCAAGCACACGCAGAGCAAGAUUUGGAACGAGUUUAACAAAGAAGUCAACUAUCUGCGCCGCGUUUUCAAUGAGUUACAGCUUUCUAAGGUCAAGAGAGUGUAUGUAGACGAGUACGAGUACGAUACACCUCUGGCGAAACUUGCGCGUAGCAACAGCUUCCCGGAUCUUCGUAAUUUAACGAUAGGCGGAUGCAUGGAGAAUUAUACACCACCCCAUCCUCGACGACGAGCCAACAGCGAAGUAGUACCGACGGAUGAGCUUACGCGCGUGGUGUCCGAGACAGAUCUGCAAAGGAUAGACAAAACCGCAACUUUCGCCGCGCACGCUAUGGUGCAACCAGCAGAGCUCUUGGCACGCUUGGUGAACAUCCUCGGUUACAUACCGCCACCGAUGUCAUCGGACGACAUGAACGAUUGGGACCAAGAUGAGGAUCAGUCAACUCAAGUUGAUCCGCAAAACGAUCAGUGCAAAACGGUAGACUCGUCCACUUCUACGAAGCAAGGCUUGCCGAAAAUCUCCCAAUGGAGGAUCGGCGGCGAGAGGUUUCCGUUUACGAAGCCCCGAUCAAGAGCGACUAGCGAAGUGCGUCUCCAUGUCACGAAGAACGAUUUUAAUGUCCCUCAGGAAAGCAGCGAGUGGACUUGGUCCGGUCCAGCGGCAACGAAGAAGUUGCAAGAGCUGAUGAAGGAACGCAACACGACUCCUCUGCCCGCGUCGAAGGACAGCAAUGGCAAAUCUUACAGAUUCCCGUCGUUUGCGUUACCGAUCUCCGCUACAAAGAAUUUCUUCCCCCGAUGGAGAAGACAAAGUAAAAAGUCGGUCACUGGUUCCAAUAUGAAGAAUACGGACAAGAUUGUCGUAGAGGACAAUGAGAAGAACAGCCAGCAAAACUCAAUUAGUCCAUUGCAUUCGUACGUGGACGAGAGACGCGACUCAACUGCGAAAAAAUACUACACGCACACCGGCGGCAACUUGUCAAAUUACCUGGAAGGUAAUACUUUGUUGGAAGAGACAAGCUUAGCGGACUUCCUCAGAGCGUUGACCGCUCUUCAUGCGAGAGUGGGAACGGUUCCUGAUGAGUAUAUUGAGAAACCAAAGAGAAAAUUAGGAACAGCAAGUUUGACACCGCCUAAGUUGCCCAGUCUGUUUACCCUCUUCUCGUCUAAUUCGUCCGGAUCAGGGGCACAAAGUAAUCAAAAUACAGUGACGGGGCCGCAGUCUUAUCAGUCGAGCAGAAGAGUGUCCCUGAAGACGCCUGAGAGCAAUUAUUCCGGUUCUAACACACCGUUUUUCUUCAGAAAAGAAAGUGUCGCUGUGAAGCCUAGACGAUUCUCCCUCAGACCGGUAGCAACUCCAGUGAGUCCUCCCACGCCUCCUGAUUAUGGAUCAGCGCGAUUGCCGAAUCUGCAUCCCUUGACCCUGAGGAUAGACGAACGCAAUCUUCAAGAACCCUACGCCCCCACAGAAGCUUUCAUCUCGGUGUCACCGAAGGAACCGCUCGUGAACAUGGAAGGACCGCUUGGUUUUUCGUCACCAAUCAAACCGCCGUCUAAUAUACGGCGCUUUUCGAUAAGACCUACACAGCUCAGCGCUCAAACCAGCCCGACGAGCCCGACGAUGAAACCACCGCCGAAAUGGAGAGCCGGUAUACUUCAACGGCAGCUCGGACAAAUAAAUCUGCAGCGUCGCGUAAGAGCCUUCAGCCUCAGCGACGUUAACACCAGUAAACGCGAGAAGAGCCCGGCGCCUCUUAGUCCACUCGCCAUGGACAACACUAACAAAUUCGUCGAUAUCAGCAGAGUGAACCAAAAAACGGUGACUAUCAUGUCGCCCGCCAAGGAGAUAAGUAUGAAGAACGAACUUCGAAGUGCCGGGGUAUCUGCUUCCGCGGCUUCGAGAGAAGAGCAAGUAUCGUUGUGGAAUAAUCGCGAAAAUGUGACUUCCCCGAUUAAUCCCUUUGUUUUGGGGCUUUCUGAUAAAUCACUCGCGGCAUCGAACGAAACUAUGAUCUCGCGCGCUGACAGUGGAAGGCGCUGUCAAGGGAACAGAGAUCACGACAAUUCGACGUCUUCCAAUGAGAAUAUCCUUCAGCAGAGACUUGUGAAUGUUAACGAUACACUAGGUAGAACGGUUCAAACGAGAAUACAGGAAAUGAAUGUAGACGUCAAGGCAGGAGCUCCGCCUGCAACGAAGGAACAAAGCGGUGUGAGUGCAUGUAUAAUUGAUAAUUUAAAUGAGUCUCAAGACUCCUUGAACGUGACGUCUUCGACAAGCGGUUGUUCGGAAUCGAAAAGAGAAAAACCUAGCGUGUCGAUAGACUUUUACAAACCGUCGCGGCAAGUAAUAAUAGAAAGGCCGGCGGUCAAUCCUUUCGAACAGUACAGAGCUAUGACGAGGUCCGGUCAAAAGGAAGACAUGGACUUGAAAGAAAUUAAAAUUGAGAGUCCUUAUGCGAAACGCGAUAAAACAGAAAAUUAAUAAUCAAGUUAGACAGAAUAUUCAAAUACUGGAGAAGGUUUUCUUUUUUCAUUUUCAUUCGUAGAAAAAUAUUUGAUUAAAUAUUUUAUUAAUAUAAUUAAUUAGAAAUACCUUCAUUUUGACGUGAAAAACUGAUUGAAAAAUCUUCCUCCGGAUCUUACAAAGAUUAUUCGUAUCUAACUUUCUAUCUAUCUUGCCCACAAUUUUCCUACGUGUAUCGCAUAUCCCCAUGUGCGUAAGAACUGACAUUAAUUUUAACCUGUGCUGGUUUGGGAACUUUCUACUGCAGUAAUUAGCAUAUUCGUGUUUCGCCUUAAGAGGCUGCAUAAUUUAGGCAAUGCACGAGCAAGAGCCGAAAUAAAUGAUGUAAUGUUAUACGCAUUGAUCGACAUAAGAGCUGCAGAAAGAAAUAUUAUGUCUUCAAUCGAUCAACUUUGCGACAUAUUAAUUUCAUCAGUGUACAAAAGUAUUUAAUUUCCCAAACUAGUCGGAUACAUAGUACUUUUUUUCAAGUAAGUUAUUCAAUUUAUAAAUUACAAAAUAACUUAGUAAGUUAUAUAACUUAGUAAUGAUAAUUAUUAGAUGUAAUAUAAAUUAAGAAAUAUGUGAAUUAACCAUUAAGUUUUAAUUUAAAUUCAGUAGCACAUCAAAAACUCUGUGAUAUGAUAAAUACAGUACAUCCUCGAUUUAAUGGACCUAAAAGCCAAUAAUAUUAAAUGAGAUAUAACUUAGUAAAAAUAUAUAUAUCAAGUAGAUUAUUGUAGCAAAUAGCAAAUAGCGAUAUAUCGAUCAAAUUAAUGGAAAACACCGGUGAACUUCUUUAAGUCCAGAAUCUAUUAAGACAAAGUCCGUGAAUUCGAGGGUUUACCGUACAGUAUUACGUUAGAUAAUCGCUGAUAAAUAACAGAUCAAUAGUUGAUAUCGUAAUUGAAAGAUUGUCAGUUACGUGUAAUUGUGCGCGAUACUUUAUCACAAUUACUUGUAACCAUACUUCAUUUCAUCUCACUAGAUAUUGCUAUAUGGAAAAAAAUCGCUCAGGUGCCUGCACGCGCGCGACGUAAGCAAUCUAUAACAAUAUAUUUAUUCCGCCGUAUCUUAAGAUUGACAAUCUCGGACGGAUAAUAAAGGAAGUAAAGCGCUUUUUACGAAAUA